AUGAUCAUUCGGGCUACCCUCAAGUUCUCUGAGACCCCUUCUGAGAGCAGCAGGCAGCACGGCAUCUUCAUAGUCCUGGGUGUAAUAACGAUAUACAUUGGGUCUGCAGUGGUAUCGGGUGCUUACUGGCACGCUGUCAACAGCGAUGUCACUCGUCUACGAGGGCUGCUGUUCAGCGCUAUUUUCAAGCGGGCUCUGGUGACCGAGGAGGCCCAAGAAGACGGCGGAAAUGGGGCAAUGGUCAGCCUUCUGAGUUCUGACGUUGAUGCCGUUCUGCAGGGCUUCCUGUGGAUACACGAACUCUGGGCGACCCCCGUCACCGCUGCCAUCUCAAUGUGGAUGCUGUACCAAGAAAUUUCUAUCUCCCCUCAUAUGUACUUUCGGUAUGUGACCCGCCUCCGACAUGCCAACACAACAUACCGUCGCUAUUUUGCUAACGACGAUUAUCCUUUCCCUGAAGCCGUCACCACCAUGUCGUCAUUCCUUUCAAAGUACCUCAAGUCCCUCCAGCAGACAUGGCUUCAAAGUACAGCCGAGAGGUCGGAAGGUACCCUUUACGUGCUUCGGAACAUGCUUGGCAUAAAGAUGUCGGGAAGUUCCAAGAUGAUCUCGGACGUGGUCAUGAGAUAUCGACACGUUGAAGUCGAGAAGAGCAAGUGCGUACCGUGGCCCGAGAAAACCCCCGGCUCAGUCUCCAAGUUUAUAAUACUGAAGUGUUCCUUCAAGUUGGAUAAUGAUGGAACACUGAUGCCCACUGCAUUUCUACCAGCCAACGUAUCCACGCUGGGCAUCACCCUGGCUACCUUGUCGACAUUUGCUCUCCUUUCAAAAUAUACGGGCGAAGAACUCAAUGCAAGCAAGAUGUUUACGGCCCUGGCAAUCUUGCAGUUGCCCAUGAGCUCCUUGCAGACCCUGGUCGCCUCUGUCCCACUGAUGGGAGCAACCAUGGCAUCCCUACAAAGGAUCCAAGCGUACCUCGCCCAGGGUGGAGAGAGCUCUUCUGGUGUGACCUCUACUGCUUUGACGCAGCUUGGUGACAUGUCUGGGGUGGAUGCUCUGGAAAAGUCUUGGGAUGAAAUAAAGGGCGAGAAGCAGCCACCAGUCUUCGAUAUCAAGGAUGGGACAAUUGGCUGGACAGGGUCGAGGCCCCUGAUGCGGAACGUCUCUUUUGAUGUUCGACAGGCCGAUAUUUGUUUCAUCUACGGACAGGCUGGUUCCGGCAAAUCGUCCCUACUCGACAUCAUCGCAGGCCGAGCGCAGGCCCUCAAAUCCGUAGCAUCGAUCGCCAAAAGCUUCACCAGUGCCGCUUACUGCGAACAAAGCCCCUGGCUUCUCGACGACACGAUUCAGAAUGUCAUAGUGGGCGCCGAGAGGCUCGACCGGAACUGGCUCGAGCGCGUACUCUCCAUAUGUUGCCUUACCGCGGACAUCGCGGGGCUUGAGAAGGGCGUGAAUACGCUGGUCGGCGCGAAUGGGGCUAGCUUGAGUGGAGGCCAAAAGAAGCGUGUCGCUUUGGCACGAGCUAUCUACUCGCGGAACAAGGUCCUUCUACUCGACGACCCUCUGGCCAGUCUCGACGCCAACAGUGAGCGUAUUCUUGGCGAAACCCUUUUAGGCCCAGGGGGAUAUUUCAAGGCCGCAGGGGCUACAGUCAUCCUCACGACCAGUGUGGCAAAAUACCUCCACCUGGCAGAUCGUGUCUUCGAAAUAGCGGCAGAGGAUCUUGUUGAACGACCCGCGCAGUCUGAUUGCUCGGCUGCCAGACGUGACAAUCAGCUCCAAACAGUGCUGUUGGAUGCAGGUGAUACUAGCACGUUGCAAGUGGAAAAAGAGUGCGCAGGACUUCAGGAUGCCACCAGCGGCAAUACCGAUGCUGUAGGGGACAGGACGAUGAGAGCACCAACGGUAUUGGAAAGCGAUCCCGCGCCUAAAGCCUCUCUCGAAGAACACAAACUCUACGUGUCCUCAUUAGGGAGGACAAACUUCAUCGUUUUCAUGUUCCUGUCUGCCUCAAUUGCUGUCGCAUCGCUCACCAGAAGUUUUGAGCUCAAGAGGAUCUCGGAAUACCACUCUCAUGAUGCCUACAACCACCUCGGAGUUUAUAUUUCUCUCGUCUCAAUGACCUUGAUUCUGAUCUUCAGCUGGAAUUGGCAUUUCUACAUCCAUGGUGUGGGUACAUCGAGUAUCCAGUUGCAUAAGGUGCAGUGGGAGGCACUGAUCAAGUAG